CAGCCACACCCUCUCCCUCGAGCUCUACACAGGAAGAGGAGAUCGAUUCCCACCAUAAGAUGACGGGCGAGAAGCGGCCUUCCUCAGAGAUGAUGAAGCCCAAGACCAAACCGCAGAAGAAGAAGAAGAAAAAGGACCCCAACGAGCCGUCGAAGCCCGUUUCGGCCUACGCCCUCUUCUUCAGGGACACCCAGGCGGCCAUCAAGAGCUCCAACCCCAACGCCACCUUCGGGGACGUGUCCAAGAUAGUGGCCUCCAUGUGGGACAGUCUGGGGGAGGAGGCAAAACAG